GACCAAUUUAUCGACAAUGGUCUAUGCCCUUCGAACCGCGGACUGGAAAAGCCAUGACAGGGGUGUCCUGCUUGACGGAGAUUGUAACUCUGUACGCAACGCCAAUAUGUGGAUUCACGUAUAUAUCAACGUUGCAAGCACACUACUUCUCGGAGCUAGUAGCUUUGCAAUGCAAUGUUUCUCGGCACCUACCAGGGAGCAAAUCAACAAAGCUCACAAAAAACGGAUUUGGUUGGAUAUUGGUGUCCCAAGCCUCCGCAAUGUAAGGUUCAUGCGCAGAAAAUAUGUUAUUAUGUGGUAUACACUUGCGGCCACAUCUUUAGUCCUUCAUCUUUUAUUCAACUCUACUAUCUUUUCGACGCUUGAUGCUAGAUCCUAUACUGCCUACACCCUCAGAGGUGGGGUUUUGGAGGUAUACAACGGAAGUGUAUACGCAAAAGCUAGAUACAUGACGGAGAACACGCCUUAUUCUGACCUAAUCCUUCCUUCCAACCCCGAGAAAGAAGAAAUACAAGGACUCGAAUAUUUCAAGACAACCCUGACCACGGAAGAUUUACUCACAAAAGAAGAGUGCAUAUCCGCAUUCGGGAAAGCUUUUGUGUCAGACCGGCGCAUGAUAAUAUUAGAUCUGUCAAAUGAGACGAUCUGGUUCUCAACCCUUGCCAUGCCUGGCACUUUCAACUUGAACACUUUAAUAAAUGCUUCAUACGCGGUUAACAUCAACGGCAAUUCUGUUCCAGAAAACUGCAUCCCAGAUCCGACCUGGUGGAUGUGUGGGUCAGCACCAGAAUGUGGAAGCAUUUGCAACUACGGCGAAAAGAACGAUUGGACACCAUUCGGAUUUUCUGCUGAAAGAUGCUUUAGCCCUCGACUCCCUGAAAGCUGUAGACUAGAGAUCAGUCGUGGCUUUGCUAUAACAGUCUCCGUAGUCGGCCUCAUUAAAGCCUUGGUUGUUGGUAUCGGCGCCUUUUCUUCUAGACCGCCUCCUCUUCUGACAAUAGGGGAUGCCGUCUCCUCGUUCCUAGAACAUCCAGAUCCGACGACCACAGGAGCAUGCUUCCUUCAAAAGAGAGACCUGGAUGCCUGUCCUCCAUCAUGGACUAUUGCUCCAAAAUUUUGGAUGCCGAGACGUAAACAUCGGAUCCAAGCCAUUAGCCGGCGAAAAACGACUCUAUACUUGAACCUAUAUCUUCUCGUUACUGUUAUAAUACUACUUGUUCUCGUCCUUGGAUUUCAUAACAUCAAGGGAGCAAAGAAUUUUAUGUCUCUUGUCAGCCCAUCUCUAUGGGGUAUGAGCGUUCAAACGCUCAUCACGGGUCCGGUUGUUAGUACUGACUCGCUGUUCAAUACUGCUAUGCUAGCCAACAUAGCCCAACCAAUUUUGUCCUGUUUAUAUUUUUUAUACAACGGCGCCCUGACCUCGAUGUGCUUAGCCGCCGAAUGGGAUCAAUUUGGAGCAAAUCGAAAGAGCCUUCGUGUGUCAGGCAUUCCAACUGGAUCCCAACGAUGUUCAUACUCUUUACAACUUCCAUUCCGGUUCGGUAUUCCACUAAUGGCCAUAUCAGGUGCUCUACACUGGCUUGCAUCCCAAUGCAUUUUCAUGGUUAGCAUUAUAUUUGUUGACCAAAACAAGUCUGCCUUCAUUUUAGGCUACUCAGUACCCGCGAUUUCCUCAUUAUUACUCCUAUCUCUUAUCAUGUUCGCCUACGCCGGCUCGAUUGCAUCCUACCCCUUAAAGAACGGAAUACCUGUUGUGGGAAGCUGUAGUGCCGCUAUUUCAGCUGCAUGUCAUCCAGAAUCAGAUGGAAAGAACCCCAGCGUCUGUCUUCCAGUUAUGUGGGGGAUGUUAAAGCAAAAAGGGGAUACUGAAAUCCAUUGCGGAUUUACAAACCGAGAAGUCGAACUUCCCCAACAGUCGAUGAGCUAUAAGGUUUGGGCAACGAGAACAAAAGAAUGUCUCAAAAAAUUUGGACUGGCAACUUAUAUUACGGAUGAUAGGCCAUAUCUUCCUCCCCUUCUUAACUUCUCGGAGUAUUCAACCGCGUUCCGGAUGCUAUUUUCUAAAAGGCUGUAUGAGUUUUACUUUCACGCACUGAAAGAACCCAAACCUGGGUCGCUGGAACACGGAGACUUCCAAGCGCGGGCGCAGAUUCUCUCAAGGAUGAUGUACGAUGCUUGGGAAGAUAUUCCGGACGUAAAACACUAUCAUGCCAAGGAGACCUGGGAAUAUUUAGAAAAGAAAUUUGGUGAGAUACCAAGGAGCGGACGAGCACCUCAAACCACAUCUGGGCCAUAUAAGACUUCAGUGUCUCCCGAUACAUGUAACGGGGGAUCAUCUAAUCUCAGACACUGGCUCGAGUAUGUGUGGAAUGAUGCUUAUUCAAGGGCGGAACAGUAA